CUCUCGUGGACGGGUUUGUUCGGCAUGCAUACCUGAGCGGUGUGCCUGACGAGUUAGUCAUGGAGGGAGCGCGUCUCCAGCGCUACAAAGGGACUUGAAAACGACGUGCGCAUCAUUACCUACGUGAAGCCAAGACUUGAAUGGGUGCGACUCACUCAAUUGCUUGAGAUCAACAAAUUUCAGCGAAAAUUCACGAGGUGGAAUUUGUCACAUACAGCGAGUCAUCGAUCGGACACACGCCAAGUUGUUACGAACUAUUAUCAGGUAUGGCCCCUGGUAGAUCCCUGUAGUUGUGAACAGGUGUCGUUAUCAAGGAGGACAGUCUGGUAGGGUGAAAUAGGUUCUCAUCUGCUCACCAUAUUUACCUGUGAAAAUGUCGUCUGCUGAAGAGGAAACUGCCUCGUGUUCAUCGUCGCAAGGUGUUAAUGAUGUGUUGGUCCUAGGGGAUGACGUUUCAUUGAAUAGCGACAUAGAUUUCAACGAUGUGGUUGGAAAAUUUGACACAGGACUUUGUUUGGAACCCGAUACCAACAUAUCUGUUGGUGAUGGAGAAAAUAGUUUACGGGACGACGAUUCAAUGGGAGCUGCCUCUAGUAGCAGCAGUAUCAAAGAGGACAUUGUUGAGGAAGAACCUAGCGACGACGACAACGAGGAUGAAGAGGAGGAGAAACCCACAGCUAACGGUACUUCAACUGUUGCCCUAGCAGGGGCUGUGGCAGAGGCUUCAGAGGCCGGAGGCAAAGACGGUAAGAAAUCAAAAUCUGUAAAAGAGUCUAGUCCCACUAAGGAAAAGAAGAAAAAGAAGUCCCCCUUUGCUCUCCUUAGGAAAUUAACCAAAUUUGAGAAAAAGCCGAAACACAGACCGUUUUCUUCCGAAUUCAACCAGAUUCGAAUUGAUCGUCUACCUCAGUUGUUUGUUGCCAAGUAUUUGGGCAAGAAAGACUCCAAGGGCUUGUAUGGACUCCACCAUGUGAGGAAGCCAGUGGACGAGAUGGUCAAUAAGGUCAAGAAGGGUCUUGAGGCAACAGACCGCUUGGAGCUUCCUUUAGUUUACCUUGUGUUCACACCAAAGGGCAUUGAUAUAAGAGAGCAUAAGCUGAAUAAGGUGAAGGGAGUUGAGUACGGUAUGGUACCAAUAGACUUCAUAUCGUAUGGUGUACAGGACAUCAAGUACUGGCGUGUGUUUACGUUCAUUGUGGUUAAGGAACUGUCCUCACGAAGCAAAGUGACUGAGUGCCAUGCCUACCUGUGUGAUUCUUCUCUGAACUCCCGCAAGAUGGCCCUGGCCCUUGGUGCCUGCUUCAAGUUGUACUCCAGGAGGUUGUCCACGGAGGGUAAGUCCCAUAACUUCCAGGUGGAACUCCGACCCCCAGACGAGCUUGCAGAUGCAUUCUCUAAGGAGUACGAGGCUUAAAAACUUACUUACAGUAGACCCACAACCGUCAUCGGAUGUACUUCGAGCAACGGCAUAAACAUCCAUGGCGAACUGUUUGAGAAUCUGUACCCUGUGUGUGAUACGCGUGUGCUUCCGUACAUAAUCCUGAUACCAAAUCUUGAAAGCAUUUGUUUUUGAAAAAGACACACUUUUAUCAAGCAACACUUGUCAUUUACUCAGAAUAUAUUGUGAUUCAAAUUGUGAACCAAUUUGUUGAGGAUUAAUGAAUCUGAGUUGGGAUGAGGAACAUUCAAACCACGUCCUGAUUCCCGGGGUGGUAAGUGCACGUGCUGGGGAUUAAUACUAAAAUGAAGGAUAACUACUGCUGAUUUUACGAAGGCUCGUAACUCUUCCAGUGAUUUCCGGUUUACUAUGGCUGCAAAUAUUCAUUGGAGUGGGGUCUAUGCUUCCAUGACCCCAGGGUCAGACACGCCUACCCUCCGCCCUCAUGGUGGAUGUGUCACAUGGUAUUACAUCUUUUUCUGUGUAAAUUAUAUAUGAUAUGUAUGAUAUUAUACGAAAUGCCAUAUUUUGUACGUGUUUAGCAUAUUAUUACAAUACCAAACCUUAAUCGUUACUAAAUGUCACCUUAUAUGGAAAUAACCUGGGAUGAGAUAUACAAAUCGUUUGUACUUAAUUAAUUUAAAUGGAGGCGCCUGUGUAUGGUUCUGGUCUUUACCUUCCUGACGAACUGUUGUUUUGAUAUCACCUUUACAGUAAAGUUUACACUUUACAAUCAGAGUCUGUUGGUAACUCUCACGUUUGAUAAAUAUUUACAUUCCGGAGCAAACUUUGUUGUCAAAUAAUUUGUUUGAUGGAAAUGUUAUUUUGAAUUAUUAAAGUCUCACAAAUUCAGGAAACCAGGAAAUUGUUUUCAUGUGAAAUUAAUCUCAGAUGGUAUGUAACGCUGUGAAUAGCUUGAAAGCAUCCACAGGGUCGUCUCACGCGGCAGCAUUGUAGUGCUGUGUCGACGUCAAUCUGUACUGCAGCAGCACUAAAUUGUCAAGUUUCAUCCAUAUUUAUAAUUUACUCAACUCGCUGUUUUCAAUCCUUUGUAUAAAUAUAAGCACAGCUGGUUAUGACAAUAUUGGCUGAAUCAUGCAAUACAAACGACACGCGCCAACUGGAUGCCAGGUAGUGGUUAAUGAGGUAGUGAACACCUGUAAAAUAUAAUACAAAAUCCAGGAAAUAACUUAUUAAUAUCACCAACCAGACCGUAUUCUUGCCGCGCUUCCGAUAUAUUCAUGUAGAGCCAACGCUCGUAUUAAAGGGACUUUCGUAAUGUUUUUUAUCCUUUGUUAAUUGGUCAUACGUAACCUUUACCGUCAUGGGAAUUUAUUUAAGUCAUAUUUUAUGAAAGCCUUAACUCAUAAGUCCACAACCGGUUUAGAUAAAAUGAUAAAGGCACCCAAUGUAUUGAAAUUGUUUGGUGUAUGCCCUGAAAGCUCUGUGUGUCUCUUUGGGAAGUCAUAAUGUUUAGCUAUCGUAAACAACCGUGACGGCUCCAGAUAUAAGCUGUUUAUACACUUAUAUCUCUACUUAAGUAUGUAUAGCGUUGUCCAGGGAUGGGACAAUCCAUCUGUUCUUACAGAAAUGUUACAUGUGCCAAGGUCUAUUUCAAACAAUAUUAGUCACAAAAUGAAUAUGAAUAAUAUCGUAAUAAACUAUUCAGACUAUA